UUUGCCAGAAACGCAGAAUACUUUUACCCCGAAACAGCCUAUAUAAUGUAUUAGGCACUUUUUUGUUGCCGAUAAAGUUUGGAUACUGUUUUGAUCUAUUUAUAUAAAAAUUGGAAUAUAUUUUAUCGCACAAAAGUAAUAACGCUCAUCAUAGAUAUCAUAAUAGAUAUGUUCAUUGCUCAUGCAGUGCCGAAGUGAUUUACAUGGGAGAGGUUCCGUUUAAAAUUCCUUCACUUUAUAGGAUACCGAAAAAGGCGUGCAUGUGGGGAUUGAUGUUGGGGCAUGUGUAUUUUUUUGACGGACGGAAAUUGGACGGACGGACUGACGGAUGUUCACAAGAGACAUAAAAUAAGGUGCUGAAGUGUCCUAGGCUUGACAUUUUCUCAAGAUGGAUGCAGAAACACAAGCCAGCAUUUAUGAAAAGUUCCAGAAGGCUAUGCACCUUCUUGAGGUGGAGAGCCCAAAGGACCCUGAAGAAGAACCAUACAAGUCCAAAUAUGCUGCCAGGGACCUGCUGAAUGAGAUCAAGUUCCAGCUGGAACGUCACAUCGAGCAGAGUGACGUGAUCACUGAGGCAGGCCACCAGCUGGCGGCCGUGCUGUUCUACCUCGGCUACAUCAGCGUGGAGACGGACGAGCCCUCGGCCGGCGAGCAGCUACUGGAGGAGGCCGUGCGCGCUGCGCCCGCGCUCGGCCCCUGCACCGUGCUGAGCACGCUGAACGCGCUCAACCAGCUGGGUCUGGUGUGGAGCCGACGCGGCGAGCACAACCGGAGCCAGCACUACCUGCAGACGGCAGAGACCGUGUACCAGAAGUACAAGGAGCAGGUCACGCUCAAGCCGGUGGACCUGCCGGACCUGUUCCGUCCGUCCCGCUCGGAUGGCGAGGAGAAGACGGACGACUCGAAGGAGGGCCGCAGCGGGCUGACCAAGCUGGAGGAGCUGCACACCCUGACACUCUACUACCUGGCGCAGGCGUUCAACAACGUGGGCGAGCCGGUGAAGGCGGCGCUGUACUGCCACAACACGCUGUCCCGGCAGCUGGACAGCAGCUCCUUCGACAGGGUCGAGUGGGCGCUCAACUCGGCCACCCUGUCGCAGUUCUACCUGCCCAAACAGAUGUUCAGGAACGCUCGACACCACCUGGCAGCCGCCAUCCAGGUCCUGAACCAGUACUCGGAGGAGCUGGAUGCGGCGCCCGACAAGACCUCCGAACAGCACCUGGCAAACGUGGAGCGGUUCCGUCACCGCGAGGCGGACGUGGCUCGCUGCUGGGCCAAACUGGGCCAGGUGCUGCUGCAGUGCUCGGCAGAGCGGCUGGUCACCUCGAGUCCGUCGCCGCCGGCCGAGCCCAGCACUGGGCAGCUGUUCUUCCGGCAGCUGGAGCUCGGAGAACUCGAGAAACAGAUGACGGACACGCCAGUGCGCGACUUUGAGGAGGCGCGCAAGGUGUUUCUGUGUGCCCAGCGCUGGAUCCAGAAGGCCAAACAGUACUACACCCUGGAGGAACACGCGUCGGAUCAUGUGGAGGUCGUGCGGGAGCACAGCCAGCUCUUCAAGGCGCUCAUCUUCUUCGAGAGUGAUCUGGACAGGCAGUGUAAGAUGUACAAGCGUCGCGUGGACCUGCUGGAGCCACUGCUGGCCGAGCUGAACCCCACCUACUACCUGAUGGUGAUACGGCAGCUGCAGUACGAGCUGGCAGAGAUCUACAGCGACAUCGCUCAGUGCAAAGUCGAGCUUCAGAGGGACCGCGACAAGCGCGGACAGCACGUCACGGCGCACGUGGUACAGAAAAUCAACCACCUGGCCCACCAGAGCAUCAAGUACUUUGACCUCUUCCUCAACACACUCAAAGACAGCGAGGGUCACUACCCGGACAAGUUCGAGGAGGACCUGACGCGUCCGGUGCUGAUCGCCUACUUCCACCUGGGCCACCUCUACAACCGACUGAUGGAGAUCGAACUGAAGCCCAAGCUGGCCAACGUCCAGAAGUCGAUAGCCGCUUACCAGUUCAUCAUCGACUACUGCGACCGGGUACCUCUGGGUGCGGAGAAAAUGGCCGAGGAGCUGUCUGCGUGUCGGGAGAUGGCCCGCCUGCUGCCCACCAAGAUGGACCGGAUACGCAACGCCAUCAACGACGGCGGCACCGUCACCACUGACCUCACCGUCUAGGUCAACGACCUCACCGCGUAGGUCACCGACCUCACCGCAUAGGUCACCGACUUCUCCGUCUAGCCCGCCGACCUCAGCGUAUAAACCUUCGGCUUCUUGGUAUUCAAGCGACCUCAGCGACAACCUCACGGUCAGGACUGCGUUUUAGACGCCUCACCAUUCACCCAACGUCUGGAUACAUUAGGAAUACCUCCGUGAAAGGCGUGACGGCUGGUCACCCGUCACAGUGAUCGGUGAAGUGUCGACGACUGGACACGGGCUGUGGUGGCUAUUUCAAGACGUUGUCCGCAGCGGUCAUGGGAUGGGAUAGGACGAGCGAUCGUGGUCAGUGACAAAAACGAUUGGCGAGUUGCGAGCCCGGCGCGUUGUGAUGUGAUAUUUCUGGAGACGGGAUUAGGUGACGCUGGCGCUGCCUGGCCAAUAGAAGGUUUUGUGGAAGCCGCUGUGCAGCCUCCGAUGUUUCCAGGCCAGUCCAGGCUCGAUCACUGGUAUCUCCGCACCAGCGGUCGAUUUGCAGUCGUUUCCAUGACAGCCCGGCGUUCCUUUGUUGUGUAUUGUUUGUUUGAGCACAGAGUGUGUUAUUCGAUUGUGCCCAGCAUGUGGAUUUCGUUUGUGUAAGUCACAUUUUGGUUCAUAUGAGCAUUUGACGUCAGUUAUGCACUCCUGCAGGAUUUGUAUGCGUUAUCCAGUAAUCUCGUCGGUUACGCCUUGUGCGCGGCCGAGCCCAGCCCGGCAAACUGCCUUCUAUUCUCGUGUGUAACGCGGCGGCUGGGAGCGACACUGCCUGAGUCGCUGGUGCUCGCCUGCCCCCGUCGGCACGGACGCGCCGUGCCGGAUGACCCGGAGCCGAGUAUCGACCCGCGACGGGCGUGGGCAGGCAGUGCGACGCGCUCUGCCCGGCGCUUUCGGCCACUGUAGACCGUGAGCUUGAAAACCGAGGUCUGAUGACGUACCCGUGCGUGUUGCGGUCGCGCUGUGGCCGUGCGCUUCAAUGCUACGCGCAGAGGUAACUCGAGUCAAUCUGCUUGUGUUCCUACCAUUGUUUUGAAAUGAAGAGCAAGCAUUGCUUUGUCGGCUAAA